UAUAGAAUCCACAGAGGAAGCAGACGAUCAGGUUUAACAGUCUCUCUGUGAAAGGAAAAAAAGGAAAAAUGGAAACAGUAUACCUGUAAAUAGACAAAAUCCGAAAGACAGUAGAAAUGAGAGUCGCCACUGUGGCCUUUUACGGGUGUGCACUGGGUCUUCUGGCGAUGGGCCUGCGAGAAAUGUUUUCGGGAUUUGAAGAGAAUAGGUGCACAAUGACCUAUAUGUUCGAGUACCCCGAGUACCGGCGUAUUGCCCUGCCCCGACGCGUGGCCCGCCAGUAUCCAGCGUAUGGACUGUACCUGUACGGAGAGGGCCAGUACGCUCAGGACACUCGCGGACUCAAACUAACCGGGGCCCCUGUUCUUUUCCUACCUGGAAACGCAGGCAGCUACAAACAAGCUCGCUCCCUUGGUUCGGUGGCUCUGAGGAAGGCUGAGGCCCUGGAAGGAGGGGUCCACCUCAACGUGUUCACCAUCGACUUCAACGAGGAGCUUGUGGCCCUGUAUGGAGGCAGCCUGCGCCGGCAGACCCACUUCCUACACGAGAGCAUCAAGGCCAUCCUGCGCCUCUACAAGGACCAUGAAGCCCCCCCUCAUAGUGUGGUGUUGGUGGGUCACUCCAUGGGGGGAGUGGUGGCCCGAGCCCUCUUCACCCUGCCCCGCUUCAGCCCUCGCCUUGUCAGCCUCAUCAUCACCCAGGCCUCCCCUCACCAGGCCCCCGUGCUGUCCCUCGACGCACACCUACUGGAGUUCUACUCUGCUGUGAGACAGCGCUGGGUGGGUCGAGCGGAAGACCUGCGCAACGUGACAGUUCUCUCCGUGGGGGGUGGUUACCGUGACUACCAGGUGCGCUCCGGCCUCACGGCCCUGCCCUGCCCCCAGGACGACCCAAGCAAGUUGUCUCUGGUGGUUACUGCUGUUCCUAGGACCUGGGUGUCCACGGACCACCUGUCCAUUGUUUGGUGCAAAGAGCUGGUUCUGGCCACUGUGCGGGCAUUCUUUGACCUCAUUGAACCUGAAACGGGACAGUUUUCAGACGAUCCAGAGAGGAGAAUGGCCAUUCUGCACCAUCAUUUUAUCAGACACCCUGUACGUGUGCUGGGUGAGCAGCUAGAGACGCCCGUUUCCCUCUCAGGGUCUCCUAAAACGUGGAGCGAGGUGAACACACUCCGUCUGGCGUACAGUGCUCCCAAAGAAGGACAAGCCAAGUAUUUCCUGUUUGCCCUCUCCAGUCGCAGGAGAGCCUACAGUCACUUCUACUGUCGCAGCAACAACCUGUCUCUCCAACAGGAAAUGACGAGCUGGGUUUACGGUUGUACACAGAUGAACGGAUCCAUGUGUGUGCAGGCAGUGGAUCUGUCUUUUGGAACAGAACUUCUCCCAGCUUACAAGGUUCUGACUUUGAGCCUCCGUGAGCUGUCGUCUGUCUCUCACCUCAUUGUGGUCGCCUCCAACCUCAACGGUAGACAGUUCACAGUGGAGUGUGAGUGGCAGAGACAGGAGUCUCAGACCGUCUCUCUGCCAGUACCACACGUUCUCUCCUUCGGCAUGAGUGUUAGUGACGUCACUCUCAACUCCACCGGACUUCGGCACACCAUUGAGCUGCAGCACUUUCAUCAGGUCUAUCAGGCUUUCAGAAUUUCAGUCGUAAGCCACUGCAAAGUAACCAAAGCAGACAGACUGCCCAAUGUCUACAUAAUGAAGGUGCCAUGGUUUAGGGAGGACUCCGUUACCACGUCCAGUAUUCCCUCUGUAACAGAGAUAUCGGGAAUGCUCCACACGAGUCGUCCUGACAACACCACUGGUGUGCUGUUGCAGCUCCACACUGCCCCCAACUGCCACUAUAAGGUAUCUGUGAGAACAUCAUUUCCCAGAGUGCUUGGACAGGUGUUGAGGUUCUGUGGGCCCGUGUUGCCGGUGUACGUGGCUGUAGCGCUCCUACUGGCCUGUGGGGGGCAGAUGUCCUCUGUCGUGAGGAUGGGGCGCCCCCUACAGAUGAGCCAUGCCGUGGCCAGAUCCCUGCAGCCCCACAAGGUGGACCUUCCCGUCUACCUGCUGCAUCUGCUGCUCAGGUAUAGCUGGUUCCAGGAUGGUUGGUCCACUCUUCAUCUCCCGCCGUUAGAUGCUCUCCCCGCCACCUCCCCAGAUGGUACGACACAGGAGGGGUUGCCCCUAAACGAAGACUGGCCACGCCUCCUGUCCCCCCUGCUGUAUGUUUUGGGAGCAGCCAUGGCCUUCUGGGGCAGCGUGCUGCUCCGCCUCUUUCUAAGGCUGCUUUCGUUGCUAUUGGCCCCGCUUCACAGGCCCUCUGUGUCUCGGGACUGCGGCACCCUGUGUAGGCGUACUCAGCUGCUCCUCAUCCUGUGUCUGAGUGUGUUAGGAUGGGCUUCCUGUGGAGCCCUGUCAAUCACAGCCACCUUCCUGCUGCAUCUCUACCGAGUUCUGAGGCUACAGAUGACAGAGAGGUCUCUGAGUCAUAUGCUGAACCUGGCGCCCGAGAAACAAACAGACAAAGACUACGGAACUGGAAACAAAGAGAAAGGCACCGGGGAAGAAGAGAAAGGCACCGGGGAAGAAGAGAAAGGCACCGGGGAAAAAGAGAAAGGCACCGGGGAAAAAGAGAAAGGCACCGGGGAAAAAGAGAAAGGCACCGGGGAAAAAGAGAAAGGCACCGGGGAAAAAGAGAAAGGCACCGGGGAAAAAGAGAAAGGCACCGGGGAAAAAGAGAAAGGCACCGGGGAAAAAGAGAAAGGCACCGGGGAAAAAGAGAAAGGCACCGGGGAAAAAGAGAAAGGCACCGGGGAAAAAGAGAAAGGCACCGGGAACAGUGAUUCCCUGGACAGCAAACCUAAAGAAUGUAACGGCGCCCCCCUGCUGUCGGACUCAGUACUGCAGGAUGUGAGAGAUGACCUGCAGCUGCACAUUAGCCUUUCUGCUCUCCUCACUCUACCAGUCAUGCUCUGUGCCCCAUCACUGAUCCACUGGACCCGCAACUUCAGAUAUUCUGUUGCUCGUUUGGAUCCUGAUCCUUGCUGGCCCCACUCCGUGCCUCUCUUCAUCGCCUCUCUGCUGCUCAUCAACUGUAACACACUCACUCUCAGCUACAGUAAAACCCUGCCUAUCACAUCCCGCCUGCUGUUGCCUCUCUCCGUUGCCAUGGUGACUUUCUCCCCACUCCAUCUAUACCGUGUAAACUACUUUGUGUCUGCAGCCCUAGUUCCGCUGGCUGUUUCCUGUCUCUUCUGAGUUCUGCUGGUACCUGCGCUGUGCCUAUCACUCGGCAGACUCACAGAUCCGGGUCAGGUCCCCAAACUGGUCAAAGCUAGUCUGGCCUGGGAUUGCGCUCCCCUUUCAGGCCCUGGAGGGGGGCGACGAUGGCGACCCUACAGCAGAGCCAUAGACAUACAUAGUUUGCGAAACUGUCCGCCAUGUUGUCUCCAAGUGUUCCAAGCUUUUGGUGCCAACAUGGCUACCGUUGGAAGUCCCAGUCUUAACCAAGUUUGCCUUACUCUGUAUAUAUAUGGCUCUGUCUUCAAGGAGCAUGACGCGAUUACUCCUUCAUUACAAAUGUCACGCCUGAUACUUGUGGUUCUCAACAGGAUAUUGCUCUCCUCGUUUUUUCAUACAACUGUAAUUGAACCUAUUUUAGUACAGUAUAAUUGUGGUAAUAGUGAGUAUGAGGGGAUUUGUCCCGUGUUUAUUGGAUUCUGUUUAUUGGCCCUAAACGUCUUGGCCUGUCUUAUUGGUAACUUUGAUUGAACACGCCUCAUGAAGCUAGCUACUUUUACUCUGUCAUUAGUAAGAUGUCAUAAGCAGUCAAGUGUUGCAAUUAGAGUUGCAAAACUACCUGUAAGUUACCAUUUUUAUAAAAUACGAUUUAAAAAAAAAUCUUUUACAUGCUAUGAAAAUUAUUAACAUCCUUAAACUUUUCAAAAGUCUGGUAGUUUACUGGUCAAUUUUGAAAGUUACCGGUAACCUUCCCUCCCUUUGCAACCUUAGUUACAACGAUGUCAUGCAGCUAGCUGUACUGUACGCAAGACCGUGGCUAACUCGCUUGCUUGGCUAGCUAUUGUAACUGCACAGGACAUGUUCCGUCAUGCUUUUGACAGUGUAAAGAUUUGAAAGGUUUUUACAAGGAAGAGUCGGCUUAAACUCGAUCACACCCUCAAACCUUCUUCAGCUGCUAUCUUGUGUUGCUAUCAUCCUGCGUUUUUGAAAGUGGAGCUCCUAACUACAUAACCUGUUCUUAGCCAAGUAUGGUCAUUUAUUAUGCAGUAUGUGGCCGUAGCUAUGAAUGUUAUUGGUUAGUCUCAAUCUAAAGUGACAUGGGUUCUGACUACGUAGGAUAUCAUGAGGAAUGGAUGACCCUACGCACCAUAGCUUCAUUUAGUUGUGCAAUGUUAUAGGAAGGUUAUAUGGAGUUGGAUGCUAUUCCACGUCAGAUCAGUUAGGGGGACAACUUGACAUUGCAUCUGUGUCGUAACAUAAUUCCUUGAGCAGUUAUUCUGUGCAUCUCUAUGGACGGAGUCCCGGUUGACGUUAUCCAUACUAGAGUAUAUUACAUCUGAUAUUACCUUGCAAACAGGCCUAUCAUGUGACUUUGAUAUGAUGUUACAAGCUGCUGUCUGUUUCUGAUUUAACAAAAUGUCCUCCGCUUGAAGAGCUAGCUUUAAAGGGAUCUUUGGCUUUUUUAUCAAUGUCGUUUAGAGGCCACGGCCCCUAUUAUUUACUAGAAGAGUCGUUACUUACUUGGAAAACAUCAGCACUUGGUAUUUGCCUUAAUCAGUUACCUCACAUUUUUCCAAACUGGACUUUCUAAAGACACAUAUAGCCCCUGCAUGGAAAUACAGUUGACAAACUGACAUCGGCUUAGUCUCAAGGCGAAUGCAUGUAUAAAUGUGUAUUACCCUCAUUGUAGUAAUGAAAACACAGGGUUGUCGAUCUUCAGGAUCAGAUGAAGGAGCCCUAUUGCCACCGAUACAUGGAGGCACCAGAGAUGGUGCCUUCCGACUGUUUCACCCUCUACUGUUUGCUAAUUCAAGGUGGGUGUGUUUGCGUAAAAACCCUAUCAGCCAUAGCGCCACUCCAAUGUACAACACAGUGGGUUGUGUUAGUGGUGUUACUUUGACAAUUGUUUUGUAAGAAUUAACCAAUAGUGUCUGUGUGUUUGUACGUGUACUUUUGAUGCUCACCAGCACCCCUUGACCCCAACUUUGUUGGCAUCCCUUGGACAAAGCAGCUAGUGCCUUUCUGCCGAUUUGCCCCUCCCCCUCCACGCAUUCACUCUCCUAUCUGCCUGUCAAUCAAGACACUUCCCUAGUAUAGGGCAUAAGAUUGUGACGGAGACCAGCAUCCCUGACAAGUGACUAAUCUGGUCACCUGAGUGCAACAGUAGUGAGCAUAGCUCUUGCUUGUAGCUGUCACUUUCAUUUGCAAGACAGAACAGAUUUCAAAUACAGAAUGGUUACAUGGAAUGGAUCAGGUUAUGUUGGUGUAUGUUAAAUGAUUUGACAAAGCCACAAUGGGGUUCUGUCAAGGUAAAGGCAGCUUGGUUCUUGUACAGUGUUACACCUUUUCAAGCUCAACAAGACAGGCUAUGAAUUAAACACCUUUUGUCCGUCCUAGCUAGCUUCAAUUUUAAAGAGACCAAACCCACUCCAGCACAAACACAGUGUGUAUACGACACACUCUCCCCGACGACACCCCUGUGUCACCUGCACUGUGAAUGUACCUGUUUGUUUGUGUGUGCAUAAGUAUGUGAGACUUUAGUGCGGGUGCUUUGUGUGUACUAAACGAUAGUAUGUCAACGUGGUGCAGUUUUAGUGCUUUGAAACGUACGUACUCUGCCUCAUUCCAAAUGUGAAUUGUGACCAGAUUUAUAUAGAUGAACCUUUGUGGUAAAACUAGUAGAAAUGAGCAUAUGUUUUCUAUGAAUAUGCUAGAUUUUUUUUUUUCUCUCUCUCUUUUUUUAAAAUUGGUGUUCACUGUGACCGUGCCGUGAUUUCUGAAGUGAGAUUGACACCUCAGCAACUACUUAUGUUCUAACGUAACCAACCCGAGUGACGCUGUCGCGACGAGCAUAUCUCGAUUUUAAAUAUUUGUUUGUUUAGCGUUUUAUGCUCUUUUGAGAUUAUUUUUAUGUGAUGAAAAGCACUACACAAGUUAAAUCAAUAAUAAUAAUUAUAUGGGAUACUGUUCCUUGAACCCUGAAAUGCCUAAUGUUUGCGUUCAUAGCUGUUAUGAUUGUGAUGUUAGCGGCUUUUCUAUUAUUCAAAUCUGUUAUUGCAACUGUAGGUGGUCGCAACAGUUGUUUUGUUGUUAAAAGCAGACAUAAUUCACGUUAUGAAUGCCUGGAAAUGGACAUGAUCCCGUUAACAGAGUAACGUAGUAGAUGGCGGCUGCUUGUGGAACGAUUAUACCAAGGAUGUAGCUGAUGAUUUUAAGGAAAGUGUCUCCAAAUUGUACAUAUUGUGUGUCCAAUGAAGUGAAUUGCUGUUGCUUUGUGCUGUUGUAGCUUUCCUGUUGCAACUCGGAUACUAGACAGACUUCAACUCCACAGCGCCCCCCCCCCCCCCAGUACUUUCUUCUUUGAUUCACGUCCAAUGACAGAAUACUUACAUGUAAAUGUCCCAACAUACAUAUUCAACUAGAGUGGUGGAUUUAGUUCAGCAACUGCAAAGUCCAGAUGAAUGGUAAAAAUAGUUUGGGUCUCCACUUGCUUUUUGAUGUUCUGUUGACUAUAGGGAAGUGAACAUCCAGUUAAGUGUUACCAAACUGUCGGUCUCACGCUGAUAGUCAUGCUGUCGAUGCGGUCUCUUGCUGUUUCUGUCCCAGGUGACUUUAAACCUAUAACCUCCUAUCUCUUAUCUGGUCCUCGUUGUGUGAAGAUGGUCUCUUGCUGACCUUUGCUGAACAGGAAAUGUUCCAGAAAUUAAAUUGGACCCCAAAAAGACCUUGCCUGAGUGAAUGUUUGGAGUCUGUUUCUACAGUUAGGUUAUAGGUCAAGUGACAAGGACCGGCAUACUCAAUUCUCAGGUUUUAGCAUUGUCGCAACAAAAAAAGAGAUUGCUUUGGUGUUUUUUUUAUAUUGUAAAAAUUUUUUUUAUCUAAUAUUAUUAUAACUGAGAUUUGUGCAAUUUGUUAGCAUUAUUGCUGUUCAAAUAAAGUUGUGAGAAGAAAUGGCAA